UGGCCUUAAUUUGAAAGGCAUUUUUGGAGGUUUUCUUUAAUCUCAGACGCGACUGGUAUUGUGCUGCAGUGUGUUUUUGUUUAUUCUAUUGACUUUAUCCUCUACAAAAAAUAAUUUUCAUUGAAUACAUGUCGUACUGUAAUUUUAUAUCGACUUUUGCCGUUAAGGACUCUAUUCGUUCUAUUUUCUUGCUUAGUUCGCAAUUUUCUUCUAGUUGCUGUCCGCAUACGUUGAGAGUCAACAAAGGCAUAUUAGUUGGUCGCCGAAGAAUUAAGCAAUCUGCUAUCGAAGUAUAUAUGGGAAAGGUUUCCAACUUUGGUCCUUUUACUCCAGUUGUAUACGUGACUAGGUGGGUACUAGGGAAGGAUAGAUUCAACAAGAUAAGAGGAAGGGCCAUUGCUCUCCACUCUCAAGUAAUCACUGAGUUUUGUAAGUAUGUGGGUAUGGAUGCAAGGCUGAGGCAAGGACUGAUUCGUUUAGCAAAGACGAAUGGUAGCAAGCUUGGUUUUCUAUCUUAAAAUAAAAGAGGACCUGUGAGAAGAAAGAUACAUGGAUUGUUUAUAAAAACAUUUUGUUGAAGACACGUUUAUUUUUAUGGAUGGGUCACAUUCCAUCAAAGAAAAUCGCUCUUUUAGAAUCAAAUGAAUGAUUCAUUUUUAAC